AUGGUAUCAUGCUGGUUAGUAGGCCAUUUUAAUUGUUCUUUUCUCUGGAUAGUUUUUGCUAUUAUUGGUCACAUUGUCAAAACAAUUACUACGAAAAAUCGGGAAGAAAAGAGAGCAGCAUUAAAGAUAUUGGCUUCCCAAGAGAGUGAAGCUAUUUUGGCACAAUUAGGUUUAAAACAAAAUGACUUGCCUGCUUGGGUUCAAUUUCCUGACACAGAACGUGUUCUUUGGUUGAACAAAGUUAUCCAACAACUAUGGCCUUAUAUUGGGGAAUAUUCAAAAAAAUUUUUGACUGAAGUUAUUGAACCACAAGUUCGUGCUCAAAUGCCAUCACCAUUCAAAAGUUUUAAAUUUAUAAAAAUUGAUAUGGGAGAUUUGUCUUGUAGAGUUGGGGGAUUAAAAGUCUAUACAAAAAAUGUAGGUAGAGAUAAAAUAAUUGUUGAUAUGGAUGUUAGUUAUGCUGGUGAUGCAGAUUUUACUGUUAAUACUUGUGGUUUUAAUGGUGGAAUGAAUCAAAUUAUAUUAACAGGAAAAGUUAGAUGUAUUUGUCAACCAUUACUUCCUUUCCCUCCUAUGAUUGGUGGUAUAUCUGCAAGUUUUAUUGAAUUACCUAAAUUUGAUUUUAAUUUAACUGGAAUGGGUGAAAUUGGUAAUUUACCUGGACUUACAAAUGCCAUUAGAACAAUCGUAAAUCAACAACUUCGUGAUAUGUGUGUUUUACCAAAUAAAAUAUUUGUACCACUUGCUCCAGAUGUUGAUAUGACAUCAUUAUAUUUUCCUGAACCUGAUGGUGUUGUUUUGAUUAAAGUAAUUGAAGCUAAAAAUUUGGAAAAUAGAGAUAUUAGUAUUUUAACGAGAGACAAAAGUGAUCCAUAUGUUGAGGUAAAACUUGGAGGAUCUUUUUUUAGAACAAAAACUAUUGAUAAUAAUUUAAAUCCAAAAUGGAAUGAAGAAUUUGAGGCUGUUGUUGAUCAAUCAUCAUUACAAACUGUUAGAUUUGAAGUUUUUGAUGAAGAUAGAACAGGUAGUGAUGAAGAAUUAGGUAGACUUUCUGUAUCAACUCAAAAAAUUAAAGAUGAAAAGUCAAUUGAUAAAUGGUAUUAUCUUGAAGGAUGUAAACAUGGUGAUAUUCGUGUUGCAUUUGAAUGGUUAACAUUAAGGAGUGAUCCUUUAUAUCUUAAAAAACCAAUAUAUAUAAAAGAUAGUAAAUUAUAUGGUCGUAGUAUUAAUAGUCCAAAAGAUGAUGAAGUUAGAUGUUUAUUAAUGAUAUUUAUAGAUAAUGUUAAUAGUUUACCUUAUCCUAAAGCUAAUUUAGAACCUUCACCUUUUAUAAAAAUUCAGAUAGGUAAACAGAUUCAAAAUACACAAGUUAAAUUAAAUACUAUUAAUCCUCUUUACCAAAGUAAAUUUAGUUUUUUUGUUGAUGGACCUCAAGAAAAAACAUUAAAUUUUACCGCAAUUGAUGAUGGCACAAAACGAACUUUAGGUGAACUUGAUGUUCCACUAAGUUGUGUUAUAAAGGAACCUAAUAUGGAAUACUUUCAACAAACAUUUUAUCUAUCUCAAGGUGUUACACAAAGUGCAAUUGUUUUAACGAUCAGACUUCGAGCACUGGAACCAUCAAAUUUGUCAGAUAAUAAUGAAUUAAAGAUAAAAAAUAGAGGAGAGUUUUAUGGUUCUGGUCAACAUAUUGAAAGAGCAGAUAAAAAUGAUCUUGGAAAACUUAUUGUAGAAAAAAAUUCAGGAGCAACAACGACAGUUUUAACUACAGACAAGGUAGAAACUCUUCAAAGAGAAAAUGGUGAAAUAUUUUUUGGAACUCCUUCAAUUUCUGUUGAAACUAAAAAUACAAGUGGUACUAAUAAUUUAUCACCAACAAAAUCUUUAAAAUCUCCAGGUUCAAUUACUUCCAUGAUUUCAGAAUCAGGUAGUAAUGUUAGUAGACGAAAAGGUAUAAUGAGUAAAUUAACAACAAAAAAACAUGACAUGGCAAAAGGAUCAUUAAAUACUUCUUUUCUUGAACAUGGUGAUCCUCAACUUGCUAUAUCAUUACGUUUUGAUAAAAAAAAGUUUUCUCUACAACUAGAAAUUGUUGCUGCAAAAGAUUUAAUUCCUGUAGAAAAAAAUGGUCAUAUUAAAUCAUAUGUUAAUGUAAAAUUAUUUGAAAUUGGUAAAGAAGGACCUGUUUCUAAACAAUCGACAAUCGCAGUUGAAGACACCUACAAUCCUGAAUAUAACGGGUUAUUUCAAUUUUCUAUUGUUCCAGAGCAUCUCAAAAAUUAUGUCUUUAGAUUUGAAAUAAAAGAUUCCACGAAUUAUGGAAUUUUUAAAAAACCUCCACUAUUAGGAUGGAUAGAUUAUAAAUUAAAUGAUUUUAGAAUUGAUGAAGAAUUGAUAUCUUAUUGGAUGAUAUUAAAAAGAGAUGGUGACUUAAGAUAA